CUCUGAAGAAAAUUCAGUUACGAGACGAAGGAACAAGCAUUGGCCAGUCGCGCCCCAUGCCUGCGGCGCCGGGGAUCGGCCCCGGCUGCCUGGGGUCGCCGGUGCAGGCUCCCUCGAGCUCACUUGCUGGGGUUCAAGGAACCCCGCGGCGGCUGGGCGUGUCGAGGCCGUCAUGGGUCGUCCGCACGGAGUCAAAUGUUAGGAGGGAGAGACCAAAACGACCUGAUCCCCCUUGCACCAUCUGCCAAGGCACAGGGAGAAUAGAUUGCCGAAACUGCUUUGGUCGAGGGAGAACAAAUCAUGUCGAUCUUGUCAUGCUCCCAAAGGGUGAAUGGCCACAAUGGUGUCGAAUUUGUGGUGGUAGUGGACUAGAUUAUUGCCACCGGUGCCAUGGAACAGGUGAAUAUCGAGAACCAAUGGGCUUCCACUUCACACUUAGAAGCAAAUGAGCUUCGCUUCUCUCAGCAAGUGCUGCAAGGCCAAUCAACUAGUCGGGUAAUAAUGCUUUAGUAGAAGAGGAGACCAUAACUGUUAUACUAGUACGAUGUGCAGGUUUACCGGUUGUGGAACAUUGUAGUCAACCCAGUACAUCUGUCUCCAGUGUUUUGUGCAAACUUAGAUUUAGUGCUAACGCUGCGACACUUUUGGAAAGUCAUGAGCGUGAACUAAGGACAAGGCAUCGACUCGAUAUCGUCUUAUGAGGCGACAUACAGAAUUGUUGCUAUAAGAUGGAUAUGACCCGGCUGUAUAUACAAGGCCCGGCUUGCA